AUGACCCCGGAGGAGGAUUCGGCCCUCAGAGCCGAGAGUCGAGCGGAUGAGGUCUAUGCAAUACAUCUGACGUUCUUCCUUUUGUCAAUUAUCUCCGUGUUGGCGAGAUUAGCUGCGGCAAGGGUGUCGGGAAGGAGGUUUACGUGGGAUGAUUGGCUGGCUAUAGCAAGCCUGGUAUUCAUCGCUGGUGUGUUCACCGGGACGAUGCUUUGGCUACGGUUCGGUCUCGGCAGACACGAAGUCGUGGUCCAGGAGGAGGAUCCGAUGAACAUUGUCUACUUCUACCAAACAAUAUUCGCCAACGAGAUCUUGUAUCCGUUUGGACUGGCGACUGCGAGGCUAUCUCUCGUGGUAUUAUACCAUCGAAUAUUUGGGCUCUUUAACGCGCGAUACUACUUAUACGGCUUGAUGGCCUUCAUCAUGGCUUGGGCAAUCUACGCUACACUACCGCUGAUUCUGGCCUGCAAUCCCGUCUCGAAUUUCUGGACAAACCACAAAAACUGCAUCGAUAUUUCGAAACUCUACAUCAGCAUAGCGGUCGGCAGUAUCAUCACCGAUUUCAUUCUUAUCAUUCUUCCGAUGCCUUAUGCGGCACAAUUGCGGAUGUCGUGGUACAAGAAGAUGCUUUUAUUGAUGUCCUUUGUGUUUGGCGGCUUAGAACGUUCCGGGCAAAAGUCCGACAAGAAUGUCAAGGACUCUGACCCAAGUACGGAAGGGACUCUCACGGUGCAAAUGGCCGAGGCCCACGAACUUGACGACCAGCUGAGAAAACCACGUCCCGCCCACCGCACACUGGAGGAGCAAUUUAAAGACUUUGACUUUGGCACAACGACUUUGAAUGAUCUACGAAGAUACGGCAGAGCGUCGGACUUUGAUGACUAG